UGAGAUUGGCACUUUUACCUCCUUGCCCAUGAUAUAGAGCAUCUCCCAAUCACCUUGGCAAAUACUUGCUGGUUUUUUUUUAAUUAUCUCCAUUUUGGAUUGUGUAAUCCCCCCCAAGAGUUACUGGUUCUUUCUUGAGAAAACUUAGUCUUCCUACUCAUUCUUGGUUGCUGAUCUCCUGACUCCAGCUGCCCACUGAACCAGUUCAUCGAAGAUAAGAUGAAAUCAUUGGUGAGAUUUGGCAAAUUAUUAGAAGCGUGAUUUGGGUUAUACCUAGCUAGGGUUGAAUUAUAGAAGGGCAUGAGGAAAAAUUCUACUUUGUUGCGAAAUUCGGGUACGUAUACAAGCCCAUCAACACCAGAGUAUGGCGAUAAGCAUGUUGGUGGGAUUCAAAAAGGUUGGUGUUCUGAGCGUGUCCCCUUACCCACAAACAGUAACCGGAGGAAUGUUACUGCAACUGCGUUGAUGCCAUUUAGUAAUAACGGAAGGGCAUUUCCGUCAAAAUGGGAUGAUGCCGAGAGGUGGAUCACUAGUCCAUUGUCGAGCUAUGGAGUUUGCAAGACAUCAGCUGUUCAACCUCACAGGCAUGCCAAGUCGAAAAGUGGCCCCCUUGGAACUCCAGGUCUUAUGUACAUGCCGAAUUUUUCACCAGCAGUUCCCUUUGUUGAGGGUGAAGGAGUUAUCAGUAAUUUCACUGGGAGUUCACCGUUUACAACUGGUGUUCUGGUUCCUGAAGGUUUAUGCAUUCAUUACAGUGCUGCCAUUGAUUCAAAGGCCAAUUCUAUGUGUGCUGAUAAAAGGAUUGCUCGAGCUUGUAGUGUGCCGGGUCUAUCAGAUUUGUUGAGCGAAGCCUUCUUGUUACCAAGCUCUCAAGAUGAUAAGCUUGAUACGGGGAAGGUUGCAGAAACAGACGAUUUGCAUGUGGUUUCAAGGAGAGAUAUGGCAACGCAGAUGAGCCCUGAUGAGAGUACCCAUUCCUCUCCCAAAGAACGCUUGUCAUUGCGUUCCUUUCCUCUCCCAAUCCCCAUAGCCGAUGAACAGAACAAACACUUUCCUAAAAUGGAAAUCAGAGAUGUACAAGUGGACAGAGGUGACUCCGUUUCCAACCACAGAUCAAGAAAACUGGAGAAAGGGUCACCAAAUGCCUUUGACUCGUCACCUUGGAACAAUGUUGAUGCGACAACAAGAAGUGUAACGAAGGAGGAAGCUAGGAUCAGUGCGUGGGAGAAUUUGCAGAAGGCAAAAGCUGAAGCAGCAAUUCAAAAACUGGAGAUGAAGCUCGAGAAGAAGAGGUCGGCGUCUAUGAACAAGAUUCUGAACAAGCUAAGGUAUGCCCAGACGAAAGCCCAAGAGAUGAGGGGUGCGGUUUCUGAAAAACACGACACAAAGGCUUCAAACAAAGCCGUGCCCUUUGGGAAGCGUUUUAAGGUCUCGUUUGGCAGUUGUUUUUCUUGCCAUACCGUUGUUUAGAUCCGGCUCUCAAACUUCUUCAACACUAUUCAUUCUUAGUGAGAGAUGUUGCAGGUAGCCCACAUCAGUAUGUGUCUCAGUUUUUUGUACCAAUUUUGUAUAAACUGAUCUGUGUACAUCAUGAGACCAUCAUGAAUAUGAUAUUGGGGAACUUCUUGUGUACCAUCUGUGAUCUGACCCUUAGAGCUCUUAAGGCGUGUUUGGUUCAGGGGGUAGGAUAUGGGAGGGGAGCUAAUUAUGGUCAAAUAUGAACAUUAAAAUGAUUAGACAAAACAAACAAUAGAUGUACUGUGACAUU